AUGCGGGAGCAGCCCUGGCUCCUGCGCCCACCGGCCUGCAAUGCGGGAGCAGCCCUGGCUCCUGCGCCCACCGGCCUGCAAUGCGGGAGCAGCCCUGGCUCUGGCUCCUGCGCCCACCGGCCUGCAAUGCGGGAGCAGCCCUGGCUCCUGCGCCCACCGGCCUGCAAUGCGGGAGCAGCCCUGGCUCCUGCGCCCACCGGCCUGCAAUGCGGGAGCAGCCCUGGCUCUGGCUCCUGCGCCCACCGGCCUGCAAUGCAGGAGCAGCCCCGGCCUGCAAUGCGGGAGCAGCCCUGGCUCCUGCGCACACCGGCCUGCAAUGCAGGAGCAGCCCUGGCUCUGGCUCCUGCGCCCACCCACCGGCCUGCAAUGCGGGAGCAGCCCUGGCUCUGGCUCCUGCGCCCACCCACCGGCCUGCAAUGCGGGAGCAGCCCUGGCUCUGGCUCCUGCGCCCACCCACCGGCCUGCAAUGCGGGAGCAGCCCUGGCUCCUGCGCACACCGGCCUGCAAUGCAGGAGCAGCCCUGGCUCUGGCUCCUGCGCCCACCCACCGGCCUGCAAUGCGGGAGCAGCCCUGGCUCUGAAUCCUGCGCCCACCGGCCUGCAAUGCGGGAGCAGCCCUGGCUCUGGCUCCUGCGCCCACCCACCGGCCUGCAAUGCGGGAGCAGCCCUGGCCCCUGCGCCCACCGGCCUGCAAUGCGGGAGCAGCCCUGGCUCUGGCUCCUGCGCCCACCGGCCUGCAAUGCGGGAGCAGCCCUGGCUCUGGCUCCUGCGCCCACCGGCCUGCAAUGCGGGAGCAGCCCUGGCUCUGGCUCCUGCGCCCACCGGCCUGCAAUGCGGGAGCAGCCCCGGCCUCUGCGCCCACCGGCCUGCAAUGCGGGAGCAGCCCUGGCUCUGGCUCCUGCGCCCACCGGCCUGCAAUGCGGGAGCAGCCCUGGCUCUGGCUCCUGCGCCCACCGGCCUGCAAUACGGGAGCAGCCCCGGCCUCUGCGCCCACCGGCCUGCAAUGCGGGAGCAGCCCUGGCUCUGGCUCCUGCGCCCACCGGCCUGCAAUGCGGGAGCAGCCCCGGCCUCUGCGCCCACCGGCCUGCAAUGCGGGAGCAGCCCUGGCUCCUGCGCCCACCGGCCUGCAAUGCGGGAGCAGCCCUGGCUCCUGCGCCCACCGGCCUGCAAUGCGGGAGCAGCCCUGGCUCCUGCGCCCACCGGCCUGCAAUGCGGGAGCAGCCCUGGCUCUGGCUCCUGCGCCCACCGGCCUGCAAUGCAGGAGCAGCCCCGGCUCCUGCGCCCACCGGCCUGCAAUGCGGGAGCAGCCCUGGCUCCUGCGCACACCGGCCUGCAAUGCGGGAGCAGCCCUGGCUCCUGCGCCCACCCACCGGCCUGCAAUGCGGGAGCAGCACUGGCUCUGGCUCCUGCGCCCACCCACCGGCCUGCAAUGCGGGAGCAGCCCUGGCUCUGGCUCUGGCUCCUGCGCCCACCGGCCUGCAAUGCGGGAGCAGCCCCGGCCUCUGCGCCCACCGGCCUGCAAUGCGGGAGCAGCCCUGGCUCUGGCUCCUGCGCCCACCGGCCUGCAAUACGGGAGCAGCCCCGGCCUCUGCGCCCACCGGCCUGCAAUGCGGGAGCAGCCCUGGCUCUGGCUCCUGCGCCCACCGGCCUGCAAUGCGGGAGCAGCCCCGGCCUCUGCGCCCACCGGCCUGCAAUGCGGGAGCAGCCCCGGCCUCUGUGCCCACCGGCCUGUAAUGCGGGAGCAGCCUCGGCCCCUGCGCCCACCGGCCUGCAAUGCGGGAGCAGCCCUGGCUCUGGCUCCUGCGCCCACCGGCCUGCAAUGCGGGAGCAGCCCUGGCCCCUGCGCCCACCGGCAUGCAAUGCGGGAGCACUCCUGGCUCUGGCUCCUGCGCCCACCCACCGGCCUGCAAUGCGGGAGCAGCCCCGGCCUCUGCGCCCACCGGCCUGCAAUGCGGGAGCUGCCUGGGCCACAGCCGUCAGCUUGGAAACAGGCCACUCCUGCGGUGCGCGACGGAAGAAGGAUUUGCGUUGCAUUAUUUAA